AUGAAUUUUAGCACCAACUUAAAAGAACACUUAAAUAAUAAACCAUUGGACAAAAUAUUAAAAUCUUUCCGGGCUCUUUAUUAUGACAACUUUGACUCCCCUUCCGAAUUUGUCUUCGAAAACCCUAAAAAUGGAACAGAAUUUCAAUUUAUCGCCAAAUUUCUUAUUAAAAAAUUCAUUAGUUACGUCGAGGAAAAUUCUGAUAGAUUAGACAAUGCCAGAAGGUUUCUGUCUCGACUGGGGAGAAUACAUUGCUGUAUAGAUACAACUUUUUUUGACAUAGCUCCAUACGAACCAAUCGCUACCUUGAUUCUGAACCAUGCAACUGACCUUGAAGUUUGGAAUUCCCUCGUGCAGCUUGCUGAUACUCUUGAGUCACUUGAGUCAGCUACCGACGCGGAGCUUAACUUGCAAGCUUCCAACUUCAUUUGCAUGUGA